AUGUGACGCAAAUACUCCCCGUCAACACUGGAGGCCCCACCCUUUGUGUUACCUACCGCCCGUCAAUCAAAAUCAAAAAAAAAUCUGAUAGUUAUCAUCUGUUUUUACCCAUAUACAAUCAAUUUAAUGUGCUGAUCAUGCCGAGUGGCUUGUGACCACCAGGACUCUCCAUUCACGUAAUGGCUGAACAGUCGAUGAAACCAGAAGAUAUGGCUGCCAUGGACGUGGACAGCAGUCAAAGCGGCUUCCUGCAGCAGGAGGAGGACAGGGGCAAUCAGGACACUCAGCCAUCACCCCUCGACCUGCUAGCAACCACCUGCACUAAGGUUGGGUCACCGUCGUCAGAGGUGGACAGAGGUGCUGCCGCUGAUGUGACAUCAGAUCCAUCCACGCAGCUUACUGGGACUGAUAAAUGGGAAGUGUUAACACCCACAUCAGCAAAGGAUGAAUCUGGAAUGAUACAGAUCCAAAGUCAAGGAAUAUUAACAUCAAAUGGACAGUACGUACUUCCUCUCCAGAACUUACAGAGUCAGCCAAUCUUUGUGGCGUCGGGAACAGACGCCUCCUCUGCCAAUUCAGUGCCUAACAUUCAGUACCAAGUAAUUCCUCAAAUUCAAACAGCAGAUGGACAGCUGAGCUUCUCCACGUCCAGUGUGGAGGGACCGACUCUGACUCAGGAUGCCACGGGCCAGAUUCAGAUCUUGCCUGAUGGUAGCCAGAGCCUCGGCAUGACAUCAACUGCAAACAUCCUUAAUAACAACCAGAACCUCAUAUCACAGACUGGUCAUGUCCAGCAGAUCCAGGGGGUUUCUAUCGGCAGCUCCACCUUUAACAACCAGGGUCAGGUUGUUACUAAUGUGCCUGUGGGUUUGCCUGGGAACAUUACUUUUGUUCCUAUUAACAGUGUAGACUUGGACUCACUUGGCCUGUCUGGUGCUCAGACUAUAGCAACAGGGGUCACUGCUGAUGGCCAGCUAAUUAUGGCAAGUCAGCCUGUGGAUGGCUCAGAGAGUCUGGCGAAGACAGAUAAUCACCUCUCACAUACACUACCAGUAAAUGAUUCAAAUGCAAAUCCUGAGAUCUAUGUGCCAACGUCUUCCUCUCAGCUACACAUUCCAGCAAACGAGUCAAGCCUGCUGACACAAGACACUUCAUUGUCAUCAGUGGCUACAGAGCAAGCCGACACAACUUCUGGUCUCCAGGAGGGCUUCAUCCAACAAAAUCAGGAGCAGAGUGUCCAGGCGUCCUCAGCUCAGCCCAUCAUCCAACUGCAGCAGGUGCCCAUUCAGACCACCAAUGGCCAGGUGGUUCAGUCUGUGGCAACUGGCGGGCAGGGUCUCCAGAACGUGCAGCUGAUCAACCCGGGAACGUUCAUCAUCCAAGCCCAGACAGUCACUCCAUCAGGUCAGAUACAGUGGCAGACCUUUCAGGUGCAGGGAGUGCAGAAUCUGCAGAACCUUCAGUUGCCCACAACACCACCCCAGCAGAUAACCCUGGCUCCAGUCCAGACCCUGUCACUGGGCUCCAAUCCAGUCAGCAUCAACACGGGGCAGAUCCCCAACCUGCAGACAGUGACGGUCAACUCAAUGGCACAGAAUGAAGGAGACACAGACAACCCUGGAGACAUUCGGAUAAAGGAAGAGCCAGACUCUGGAGACUGGCAACUGAGCACUGACUCCACCCUGAACACAAGCGAUCUGUCCCACCUCCGCGUCAGGUUGGUGGAUGAGGAGGAUCAGUUGGGUCAGGAGGGCAAGAGGCUGCGCAGAGUGGCAUGUACUUGUCCCAACUGUAAAGAGUCGGGUGGGAGAGGAUCCAACACAGGGAAGAAGAAGCAGCACAUCUGUCAUAUUGCAGGCUGUGGGAAAGUAUAUGGGAAGACAUCGCACCUGCGAGCACACCUGCGCUGGCAUUCAGGGGAGCGACCUUUUGUUUGCAGCUGGAUAUUCUGUGGGAAGAGGUUCACACGCAGUGACGAGCUGCAGAGACACAGGAGAACACACACAGGAGAGAAGAAGUUUGUCUGCCCAGAAUGCUCCAAGCGCUUCAUGCGGAGCGACCACCUGGCGAAGCACAUUAAAACUCAUCAGAACAAAAAAGGCGUGAACUCUGGCAGCGCUGUGGUGGCCUCGAUGGAAUCCGCAGGGUCCUCAGACAGUAUCAUCACCAUGGCAGGCGGGACCACCCUCAUCCUCACCAACAUCCAGCAGGGUUCCAGCAACGCCCAGGACAUCCUGGCCAACGCAGAGAACCCUCUCCAGCUCGUCACCACAGUAGCAGCUAGCGAAGUCAUGGAGUGAUUUACGCUUCACUUAUGAACUUCUGCACCCUCUGUCAUACUGUAUACUCUUACCCGCAUUUUUAUUCAAGUUUUGAAGAGAAGUUAAAAUUAUAAAUAUAUAUAUGUAUGUAUAUAUAUAUAUAUAUUUUAACACAUAAAUAGUGGAUCCAUGUUUGUACUCCGUUUUUACUGAGGAAAAACCAGUAGUGGAGACAAAAUGAAGAUAAAGAUAGAGAAAGACAUUGCAGUAAACACACAAGGAAAUGCCUUAUUUUGUACAAUAUUAUGUCAUUGGAAAGUUAGGAUGCCAUUUUUCUUUGAAUCUACUUAUUUUUUGUUAUGUGUCUUUCACAAAAAAAAUAUAUUGGUAAGUUGAGCAACUUUCUCCCUUUUUUUUUCUUUUGGUGAAAUCUUAUGAUGCUCUUGGUAAGCAAAGUUUGUUCCUUAUUUCUUUGAGCAAAGACUGACUCUCACAACAGAGCUAAUUUUAUCCAGCAAAAGUGAUGUUAUUGCUUACGUCCAUGCAAAUUUAUUCAUGUUCUGUGUAUUUUAAAUAAUGCAUUCUUUGUUUCAGUGUGCUCCUUGCAGUCAGUCUGCUUGAGAAUUAGGGAGUCCUCUUUCCUCCAGUUGUUUUAGAAACUUUGCUCAUGCCUAUUACAUUUUGCAGGUGAAUCAAAAACAAUCAAAAUUUUGUAUUGUACAUCCUCUUGAACAUAUACUGUUGAUAUGAUACACAUUAUUUGCUUAUUAAAUAUUUUGACUGAACGGCUAUUUAUAUUUGGCUUUACAUAGAAAAUGCGUUUGUGAUAUGAGAAGUCCAAAAGAUUUCAAACGGCUUCAUUAUAUGUAAUUCAGAUAUGUUUUUGUAAAACCUUUUUUUGAAGGAUAAAAAAAACAAAACACGCAUUGUGAUAUGAAGAGAAAAAAAAGCCAUUGUGUGGAGGUAAUUGCCAAAUCUGACUACAAACUCAGGGUGACUUGUGACUGUGUGAUAUAAGUAGAGCUUAUCACCCCUGUAGCUUCUCAGGCCAUGGUGGGGUGUGGGGAAGAAAUGUUAUUUGAUGGACCAAAAGCUGAAGUGAUUUAAGCUGUCACCAUGUUACCUGUGCUCGUUGAGUUCUACCGUGUUGGGUUUUUUUCCUUCUAUGACCCUUGAUCAUGUUAUAGAAGCAGCUUUGCAGAAUUAUUCCCCUUUGCCAGUCCUAUCAGUUUAGAAGUCAGUGUAUUACUGAAAGCGGUACUCUUUUAACAGCACUGUUCUCAUCACUUUCAUCUUCUUGUUAAGCCUUUUGUACAAAACAUGUUUUGUAUACCUCUACUGAAACUAUCCUUUAUAUACAUGGUUAGUAAAUGUACAACGUGUCUCUCUUUGUGUUGAUACUUUUUCUUUAACUGUCUGUUGCAUUUCCUUGUUUCAUGUUGUGUGUUUUUUAUUUUAUCUGGACUCCAGCUGUUGAAUUGUUAAGUUGAAUACAUAUACACACUGAACAGUGAAUUAUGGUGGUGUAUUUGAUUUGAUUAUGCUUUAUCCUCUGAGUCAGUUAACAAGAUGCUUUUGACACGUUCAAAGAGCAUCUUUGAAAUGUGUCCUCAACAUUGAAGGUUCAUUCUCACUCAGAGAUCCUCUGUAUAAAUAUGUCAAUAUAACAUCACUAUAAACCUUUCUGUUAACACUUGAAUUUCCUUUCAGUUUUGCUUUAUUUUGUUUUAUUGUUUUAUGUAUCGCAAUUGUACAAUGUCUGCUUUCAGAGGGCAGAGUGAUGUUUCGUACUAAAAUGACUAAACAUAAGACAAGUUUGAAUUUUUCCUUAAACUUUUGUUUUGUGUCUUUUCAAAGACUUGA